UUUACAGAACAUCUAAUCACUAUAGUCUCAUGCAUUUUCAUACAUGAAGUUCUUCAUAGUUCAAAAAUCAAUAUGGCGGAAGAAGAUGAUCCGCUAUGCUGUUGUGAAUACUAUAAUAUUCGAGAACAAAGAACACAUCUACUGACAUUUUGCUGCGAAUGUGACGAACUUGAUAAAUCAGUUGAUGAUUGGAUCAAAGGAAAUCCUCAAAAACUUGAUAGAUUAACGACCAUAAUUGAAUCUUUCACAGACAGAUGCCGUUUUCCAUGGUUCGGCGGGGCAAAAACAUUUGAUUUUGGCAGUGCAUUCCCUCCGAUCUUUUUGCCUGUUUUAGCUUAUAUUGCAUGCUGGCAUUAUAUUUUAACUAUCGUGGUGUUCAUGGUACUUCCAGUGAUGGUUCUCUUCUGUUAUGUAUUGGCUAUUAAACUAAAAAUGAGAACAAGGCUCUUUUUGUCCCUAAGUAUAACAUCAACCAUUGGAUGUUAUGCAGUGUAUUUCUACUGUGUUGCUCCCUUUCAAACUUUUCAAUUCAAUAUCAUCCUUAUUUCAAGUGCUAUUGCAAUAUCAAAAUGUUUUCAUCAAUCAAGGCAGAAACCAACCAACAUUGAUGUAAAUUCCUUUGAAACUAAUUCCACAUUUUGCGGAGAGUGCCGUAGAAAUAUUCCUUUUAGAGGAAAGCAUUGCAGAAUAUGUAAACAAUGUGUGCUGAAGUAUGACCAUCAUUGUGUUUGGAUUGAUUCCUGUGUUGGGCAAUACAAUCUUAAAGUCUUCCUGUUAACUGUACUUCUGUAUCUGGUCAAUAUUGUUAUGGGUUGUUAUAUAACAUUAUCAUUUGUUUGUAAAUGGGACAUUGGAUUACUCCCAGAUUGUUCUCAGGCUUAUGACAGUGACAGUUCUGCUUUGGUGUUCAUAUGUUGCUGCUAUGCAUUGAUUAUUGGUGUUGGUUUGAUGGUGCUAUUAACACAACAGAUUAUCUUGAUUAGUUUUAAUGUUACAUCAUAUGAAUGGCGACACAUGCCACCCCAAACACUGUUUUGGUCCAGCCUGAAGAUAUCACCAUAUAACAAUGGAAUACUUGCAAACUGGGUUGAAUUCAUUAAAACGUAAUAUGUUCAGUAAUGGCAUUGAAAUUA